AUGGGGGUUUCAGAAGAAGCCAUUGAUGAAUUCCAAGAGCUGAUAGAUCAAAUUGAGGAGCCAUUGAAGAAAACAUUUGAGAGAGUCCAUCAGGGAUACCUGAGAGAGAAUUUGAGUCGUUUUCUGAAAGCACGAGACUGGAAUGUAUGCAAAGCUCAUACAAUGCUGCUUGAGUGUUUGCGUUGGAGGGUGGAUAAUGAAAUCGACAGUAUAUUAUCCAAACCCAUUGUUCCUACUGAGUUGUACAGGGACGUGCGGGAUUCUCAACUCAUAGGAAUGUCCGGUUAUACGAAAGAGGGCUUGCCUGUCUUUGCUAUUGGCGUUGGCCUCAGCACAUUCGACAAAGCUUCUGUUCACUACUAUGUCCAAUCUCACAUCCAAAUCAAUGAAUACAGAGACCGUGUACUACUGCCUUCUGUGUCUAAGAAGAACGGACGACCAAUCACCACUUGCGUCAAGGUUCUAGACAUGACCGGGUUGAAACUUUCAGCGCUAAGCCAAAUCAAGUUAGUGACUAUCAUAUCGACCAUUGACGAUCUGAACUACCCAGAGAAGACAAACACGUACUAUGUCGUGAACGCUCCAUAUAUAUUUUCUGCCUGUUGGAAGGUUGUAAAACCUCUUUUACAAGAGAGGACGAGGUUAAAAGUUCACGUGUUAUCUGGUUGCGGAAAGGAUGAAUUAUUAAAGAUUAUGGACUACACAUCCCUACCACAUUUCUGUAGAAGAGGAAGCUCAGGAUCAUCUCACCACGCUCAGAUUGUCGAUUGUUUUUCUAUUGAUCAUCCUUUCCAUCAACAGCUAUACAACUAUGUGAAGCAUCAUUAUGAAACCAAGGGACAAGCAGAACCUGCAAAGCAAGGAUCAUUCCACGUGGGUUUCCCUGAGCCUGAAGCUGAACGUGUUGAGAUAGCCAAAACCAUAGAAUCAGAACUGCACAAGUUCGAGAGAUACAACGGUCUGCCCAAGCCGUUUAAUGACAGAAAAUCCAGUCAUGAAACACUGUCAGAUGAAGGACCCUGA